AUGACUUCUUCCUUUCAGGGAUUGGAAAGUCUGACUUUUGCUGAUCAGGUGUUGUUUAACCAAUUUGGCCGCGGGCGGAACAUCGUAACACCUUUCAGCACUAUUCACAGCGCGUUCGAGAGCAAGGUCGACGAGCAGCCAAAUACGAUUGCUGUUGAGCAAGAAGGUCGCAGUCUCACAUACCAAGAACUAGAGAGUUGCGCCAAUGGACUUGCCAAUCGUCUCAUAUCCAUGGGCCUUGAGCCUCGACAACGGGUCUGCCUAGUUGUACAGCGGUCUUUACCAAUGGCAAUCGCGAUGCUGGCUGUGUUAAAAGCGGGAUGUCAAUACGUACCGCUCGACGGGCAAGUGACUGCCGAGAGUGCCCUUCGACACAUCAUGAAAGAUACCGCGGCUCCAUUUGUGCUAUGUUUGGAAAAAUUCUACUCGAAAGUUCAGCAGCUGGCUGAACCAACGGCGCGGAUAGUCGUACUUGACAGCUCUAUCGAAGAACCCGAGUCAACCCUCCGACCUGACUUACAUGUCAGUCGUGCAGACGGAGCUUAUUGCAUUUACACUUCUGGCAGCACAGGUCCUCCUAAAGGCGUUGACGUUGCACACGGCAAUGUCACGAAUUUACUGUGCAGCUAUCCAGGAAAUCUUAAUAUCCGAAAAGGGACCGAGGUUGCUCAGUUGCUCUCGAUUUCUUUCGACAUGGGCCAGUGGGAGAUCUUUGGAACUCUAAUGAACGGAGGAAGCCUUCUUAUCAGAACAGGCAAAUGGGAAGAUGUUCUGAAACGAGCACACACAAUCAUAUCCACACCUUCAAUCCUGGCCACAUUCCCCCGCAAAGCAUAUCCAAAUAUCAAAGUUGUCGCCCUUGCUGGCGAGCCUUGUCCAAAAGUACUUGCCGACGAGUGGGCCUCACAGGCCGCAUUUUUCAACUGCUGUGGUCCAACCGAAGUGACUAUAGUCAAUACCAUGCACAGGCAUACAACCGGGACAGAACUCUCAAUCGGAAAGCCAGUCCCCAAUACCAGUGUCUAUAUUUUGGAUGAAGACGAGAAUCCAGUUCCGAUCGGGCAGACUGGGUUGAUGUGGGUUGGAGGUGCUGCCGUGUCACGCGGAUAUCUCAACCUCCCAGAACUUACAUCGACACGCUACAAACGAGACAAAUUCGACAGCCGGGGAUCCGUGAUGUUCAAUACUGGCGAUCUUUGCCGCUGGAACUCUGAUGGUACAAUCGCUCAUGAAGGUCGUGCGGACGAUCAAGUUAAGAUCAAGGGAUUCAGAGUUGAGCUGGAUAGCGUCUCAGCGUCUAUGGAAGCUGCUCCGUUCGUCACCAAAGCUUGCGCAAUCUUCAGCGAGAAGGUCCUGUGGGGAUUUUACUCUGGAACUCAAUUUGUCGACGAGGCUGCCGUCAAACGCACCGUGGAAGAACGUCAACCAUACUAUGCAGUUCCCUCGAAAUUUGUUUUCCAAGAGACAUUGCCAAUGACAUCGAACGGCAAAAUAGACAAACGAGCGCUGCUAGCUUCAGUAACCGGGAAGCCACUCACACCACCCAGCACGCCCGAGAUAUCGAAACCAGAACCUGCACAUGUUCCUUCCGAGAAGAAGGAGAUGCAGAUCAUCGUUGGACCACCCUCGACCUCCUCUAGCGACUCGGACAGCGAUUAUAAUGAGAAAUUCCCUCUUCCGGAGAAGAAGGGCAUGCAUGGACUGCGUGCCUUCCGGCACCGUAUCUUGUCACUCUACCGACGACUGUUUACCCUCGUGUUCGUUGUCAACCUCGUGGCUGUAUACCUAAUGAUUACUUUUGGACGGACCGGGAAAGGCUUACAGAACAUCUCCACAGCUGUUGCUGCGAAUCUGACAAUGGCUGUCCUGAUGAGACAGGAGUAUGUGAUCAACGCCCUCUUCACCAUUGCAUGCGCUGUCCCCACAUCAUGGCCUAUGUUCAUCAGACGGAACUGCGCAAAAGUCUACCACAUUGGCGGACUACACAGCGGGUGUGCUGUCUUCUCGCUUAUCUGGCUCAUUAUUUUCACCGUUGGUACGACUUUGAACAACCCCGAUCUACCGACUUUGGUGGUCUCGUACCUCAUCGUUGCUUUUAUGAUUGCUAUGGUGGGAACUGCACACCCAACAAUGCGGAUGAAAUAUCACGACCGUUUCGAAAUCGUCCAUCGCUUCGCCGGAUGGACAGCACUUGCUCUAUUUUGGGCACAAACCAUCGUUGUCACCAACAGCGGUCGUGGUAUCAAACCGCUUGGCUCAGCACUGCUCGUUAACCCGGGUUUCUGGCUCCUGGCAACCGCAACAAGCAGUAUCAUUCUACCCUGGUUACAUCUCCGCAAAGUCACAGUCCGAGCAGAUGUCCUAUCCCAACACGCCGUACGCCUAUACUUUACCUACGCCAACCCCACAGUCGGCACCGCCAUCCGCCUUUCAGAGCGACCACUGCUUGAAUGGCACGCAUUCGCCACCAUCGCAAAGCCAAACGACAAGGAAUUCUCCGUCAUCGUCUCCAAUGCAGGUGACUGGACGAAACGUCAAAUCCAAAAUGGACCCACCAAGCUCUGGGUCCGCGGUAUUCCAGCUUGUGGUGUCUUGCGUAUCGCUCCUCUCUUCCGCUCCCUCGUCCUCGUCGCAUCCGGUUCUGGCAUCGGUCCUUGUCUACCCGUCAUCUACGCCAAGAAGGUGCCCUGCAGGAUCUUCUGGUCGACUCCUCACCCGGAGCAGAACUUCGGACCAGAGAUCAUCAAUGCAAUCAAGGAAGCUGAUCCCAAUGCUGUGAUUCACAAUACGAAAACACAGGGUCGCCCGGACAUGGUGGCUGUCACUUACCGCUUGCUGAAAGAGAGUAAUGCGGAGGCUGUCGCUAUCAUCAGUAACAAGAAGCUGACUCAGAUGGUUGUUUACGCCAUGGAAGCGCGUGGUAUUCCUGCUUUUGGCGCUAUCUUUGAUUCUUGA